GUUUGAAGCAAAACACUUUCUGAAUUAUAUUUAAAAAAUAAUAAUAUAAUAUGAUUCGAUUUGUUCUAAUCUGUUGGUUGAUUGCAUUUUGUUGGAUUCAAAGUGUCGAAUCAACGAAUGACUUCCUCAAGAGUCUGUUGACAACAACACCACCGUCAAGUCACAUCAGUGAUUUUCGCAAACAAAAACGUACGGAUUCGCGAGCCGAUAAACCUGAUAUGUUUCCUGGUUUUGAUUUGCAAUUAGAUUCAACGACUCCAUCGGCAAGGAAGCGUCGACGACAAGCUUACUCCAAAUUGAUUCGAUUAUUUUUACAAAAUACCAAAGACCGGUUGGAUACUAUUCGCGAUGUCAUCAAAGACGAGGGUGAAUCGAAUUUUCGCAUGGCACAACCACAAUCCGAUGACCUGACCGAGUCAAUGGAACUUAAUGCAGAUAUUCGAUUUUCGGACGAUGAAAAUCGGCAAUUUAUUGAUUUUGCAUUUGCCGACGCAACGGAUGAUAAUCAGGAAAAAAUGGAAAAUAAUGGCAUAGAGCACGCAUCACAAACAUAUUUAAAUUCACUUUUUGCCGCCAUUGGAUACAGUCGAAUAACAACAACACCAAAACCAAUCGAAUCCAAUGAAACCACACAAAGUAACACCAUUGCACGAUACUUUAUAAAUCCGCUUUUAAGUGCUUGGGAUUUCACACGACAACGAUUUAAUUUAGACGGUGCGAGCAAUAGCGAUGCUGAUUUUGAUGAAAACGAUGAAAUUAAUGGCCAUACAUCGUCUAUAUUUCGCGUGAAUUUCUUCGAACCACAAAUACGAACAAAUUUCACAAGUGUUACGAACAAGGAAUCAAACGAAAACAAUGUCAAUAAUUUCAAUUUUUCACUACCACUUACACAGCACACAUCCAACAAUGUCACAAAUGUUAUGCAAACAACAAUUAAAACGACAACAACAGCGACGAUGACAACAAUGAUGGUAGAAGAGAAUGCAAACAAAGUAAAUGCAAACCGAAGUAGUGCGCCAGAUGUUGAUUACAACAACGAUCACCAUGGCAGUGACAAGAAACCGCGCAACACUCUCAAAAACAGAAAUAGUGUAGAAGAUGCAGCCGAAGCAUUUCGUAAUGCAUUUUUGAAAUAUUCAAAUUAUAUGCAAGACUCAACGGAAGAUGCGAACAUCGACACCGUCACAGUUGAAAACGUGCAAUUUGAACAAAACAAUUCAAAUGAAAUGAAAAGUGACAAGUUAUUGGACGGUGCACGUUUUGCCGGAAUUCUUCUUGAUGCGAAUUCCAGUCAUAUUCAAAUGGUACCGAAUAAAAAGCUAAAAACAAAUGGAUCAAUGAGUGAAAAUGUUAUCAAUAACUUUGAGAACGAUGACAACACAGAAUUAACGGCGAAAAGCUUUGGGGAGAAGAGCGCCGUAUUGCUUCUUGAGAUAUUUGGCACGGUGAUUGGUAUGACGUGGCGUGCAGUUAGUGAAAUACCAAAUUAUUUUAAUGCUCAGAAGAAAGCAUGAAAAUGCACAAGAUAUUUUUGAUUAAAUUUAAUAUUGUAAAGAUAGAGAAUGA